UACCCAAAUCUUCCUCCACCAGUUCCUCAUAAGCUGAAACGAUUUGAAGACAAGAUAUGUCGAACAAAGACACUAAAAGAAAAUCCAAAGUUUUGUACAAACCUUCAGGUGACUGGGGGAACUCUUUUAAAAAAUGGCAAUGUUGCACUUGCAAGUUAUGAUAAUGGAGAGGUUUCAAUUUUUCGACUUACGGGUCAGAAAAUAGUGGAUUUUAAAAUUCAAAAUCCGUGGGAUGUUGCAGCAAGAUUGGAUUGUAUAGCUGGAGAAGUACUGUUCGUUUCUGUACUGAAAUCAGAAAAAAUGUCAGCAAGAAUAGAAAAAAUUAAUCUAAGCGGAUGGAACCAAAUAACAACAUUUACAAAGAACGUUGUUUCUCCAUAUGGGAUCGCUUUCACAAUUAAUAAUGAACUAUGCGUCUGUGAAAAGAAAAGAAGCACGCUGAUUAUUUUUGGUGAAGAUGGUGGAAUUAUUCGAGAAAUAACUAACGUAAAUUUCAUCUGUCCCUGGUACGUAGCAGUGAAAUCACAUGACGAAUUACUUCUCUCCGACUUCAUCGCUUGUUGCGUCUGGCAUUUAAAUUCAUCUGGGGAGAUAAUUGAAAAGUUUGAUAAAUCGUCAGAAUCAGAUCCAACUCAGUUUCAUCCUGCUAAAUGCGUUUACAGCGAUGGAAAGAUUUUCAUCAGCGACCAAGAUGGAGGAAAGAUUCGUGUUCUGUCUCAGACAGGACAAGUUCGCACAGUAAUUGCAAGAUUAAAUUCCGAUGAGGAUUCUUUCUGUCCUGUAAUUUUACUAGCAGACGACGAUGGCCAUCUAAUUAUUGUAUCGAAAAAUGGAGAAGUUUUUAUCAUGCUAGUUCCAACAGAAGACAUGAAAAUAAAAAUAUUUUGAUACAAAAAAAAACCUUAACGCUGAUAAAGUUUUUGAUAUUAAUUCAUUUGUACAGUUUUAUAUAUCUGAUUGGAUGUUUACAUUAUUUACAAUUUACGACUUAUAUUAAUUUAAUGAAUAUUAAAAAAAAUAUUUAAAUUAUUACGGGAACAAGAUUUUAAUAUGUGUUUUCA